AUGAACAUGGCGACCAUUAAGGCCAUCGAGGCUCGUUCGGUCCAUCAAAUCCAAUCUGGUCAAGUUAUAGUCGAUCUUUGUUCGGUUGCGAAAGAGCUGGUCGAGAAUGGCAUCGAUGCCGGAGCCACGUCUAUUGAGGUGCGAUUCAAAAGUAACGGCUUGGACUUGAUUGAGGUGCAGGAUAACGGGAGUGGCAUCUCGCCUCCAAACUACGAGAGUCUUGCGCUCAAGCAUUACACCUCCAAAAUUUCUUCGUACGAUGACCUCUCGCGCCUACAUACUUUUGGCUUCCGCGGCGAAGCGCUAUCGUCCCUAUGCGCCCUAUCCGAAUUCCACGUCGUGACCGCCCAAGCCGAUCAGGCUCCAAAAGCCAACCGCCUUGAUUUCGAACCGUCCGGAAAGUUGAAGAAGACGCAAGUCGUCGCGGGUCAGCGGGGUACAACGGCGUCAGUGGAAGGGAUCUUCAAGCGACUACCCGUCCGGCGUCGCGAGUUGGAAAAGAAUAUCAAGCGGGAAUAUGGAAAAGUUCUGAAUCUUCUGCAUGCGUAUGCAUGUAUCAGUGUGAACAUCCGCUUCAGUGUCCGAAACACCGUAGGGAAAUCCCGCAACGUGGUUGUCUUUUCUACGAAUGGCAAUCAAACCACGAAGGAAAACAUCGCCAAUGUUUACGGCGCGAAGACACUCCUGGCUCUGAUUCCGCUCGAUUUGGAAUUGGAGUUUGAGCCGUCUACAGCGGCUAGGCGGGUCGCUCAACGGGGCGGGAAAGAAGUGAACAAGAUCCAGGUUCGAGGACAUGUUUCUCGACCGGUAUUCGGGGAGGGCAGGCAAACGCCUGAUCGCCAGAUGUUUUUUGUGAAUUCUCGUCCCUGCGGACUGCCGCAAAUUGCGAAGGCAUUUAACGAGGUGUACAAGUCGUUCAAUGUUUCGCAGUCGCCGUUCGUAUUCGCCGAUUUUCAUAUGGACACCCAUGCCUACGAUGUCAAUGUGUCUCCUGAUAAGCGAACGAUUCUAUUGCACGAUGCGGGAGCUAUGAUUGACUCCUUGAAAGGAUCUCUAACGGAAUUGUUCGAGUCUGCUGAUCAAACCGUUCCUCAGUCCCAAGUUCUUGGAUCCAAGCAGGCCACUUCCAAGCAGAACAUCAAAGGAUUGCAUGAUGCCAUUGCUCGCAGACCUGCAGCUACAGAUCCGAGCGAGGGGCCGAGUAAUGAACCGAAUGAUGAGGAGGAAGGUGACGAAGAGGAGCAGGAAGAAACGACUACAGAACAGGAUCAACCCAGUUCACAAAGUAGGCUGAAAAGCUUUCUCAGUGGCAUCAGCUCUCGCCGAGAACAAUCCGAAACCCUAUCUUCGCCUGCCAGAGCUGGCACACCAACAGUACAGAACACAAUCUCCUCGCCAAUGACACCUCAAACCAAAUCUGGCACAGCGGGCCAAGAUGACGGCCCGCCGGCUUCAGAUGGUAGUGACAUGGGCAAUGAAUCUCCCGGGGAUCUAAAGGAGAAAGUACCCGGCCCACAAGAUGCCCAGUCAGAUGCGGAAAUGGAUGAGCCUGAGCAUCAGGUCCUACAGAGCAGUGCUCCAGAUGAAAACACUACCUCCAGGAAUGAUAAUGACUUCAUGGAAACACCAAAUGCAAUCCAGAAUGCUUUCGACAGAAUGCGUCCCAGACGGGUACCAGCGGAGAUGGCUACAAUAACUAUCGGUGACAAGACAGUCACCUCUAUGGUAGGCAGCGGUGCUCCCAGAAAGAGAGACGCAGGAUCGAUCAGCGCAGAUAGUCAUUCUUCGGUUCGGAAAAGACGAAUCCAUACCCCUUCUCGCUCGGGCAUAUUCGGUAAGCAUAUGCGGGACUUUGCUGCACCUGGGUCGCAUUUAGAGCAAACGGCAAACAGCGAAGACGAGGACGUGGAUGAAGAGGCCGACAUGGACGAAUCAUAUGACGAUGAAAUAGAAGAUAAUGAAGAAGAAAACGCCGAACUGAUUGAUGAUGGAGAGUCCGAAGAUGGGAAUCAAUCUUAUGCUCCGUCAGAUCACGGUAAUGAUGACUUGGCCGAUGAAGACGCCAGUCAAGAUCUCAUCCACCAAGAAGAUCAUACCGAGGUUGAAGGUACAACGUCACAACUGCCACCGGCUUCAGUCGACGGAAGAAUGGAUUAUGACGAUGACGAGAAAAAGAAGCAUGAAGAAGCCGAGGUUCAGCGACUUAUCCAGGAGGCAGAGAACAAAGCUGUUCUGCCACAGGAAAACAGUUUGAGUCGAGCGAAUAAGCUGAAUAAAGGGGCCGCCCACCGCGAUGCUACGGUUCAAUUAGCUUGCACCAUCGAUGGAUCACUUUCCAGAAUUCAGCUACAAUCAGAGCAAUUCCAGGAACAUACUCAGUCAAACACGAAUGACUCUGGUCAUCAGGAUGACAACGAGGCGGUAGUGUCGCAGGAGACAGCCGAAGAAAAGUUAUCUUUAACCGUGACCAAGGAAGACUUUGAUAAGAUGCGCAUCAUCGGGCAGUUCAACCUUGGGUUCAUCAUAGCUACACGACCCUCAGGCAACUAUGGAGACCCAAAUUCAUCCUGCUGCAAGGAUGAACUCUUCAUCAUCGACCAACAUGCCUCGGAUGAGAAGUUCAACUUCGAGCGGCUCCAAGCUGAGACCAUCGUUCAGAACCAACGUCUAGUCCAACCGAAGCGGUUGGAUCUUACAGCAGUGGAGGAAGAGAUAGUCAUUGAGAACCAAUCCGCACUGGAGAAGAACGGGUUCGUGGUGGAAGUGGACGACAGUGGAGAUGAGCCUAUUGGCCGCCGCUGCAAGCUGGUCUCGCUACCUCUCAGCAAAGAGGUGGUCUUUGGCUUGCAGGAUCUGGAAGAGCUGAUUGCUUUGCUGUCCGAGAUGCCAGCAGUCAGUGCGACGGGUUCCGCGUCGCACAUGUAUAUACCACGCCCGGGCAAGGUGCGAAAGAUGUUUGCCAUGCGCGCAUGUCGGUCAAGCAUCAUGAUCGGCAAGAACCUAACACAGAAGCAAAUGGUCAAGGUGGUGAGAAACAUGGGAACCAUCGAUAAGCCAUGGAAUUGUCCGCAUGGUCGACCAACCAUGAGGCAUCUGAUGAGUCUAGGACAAUGGAAUGAAUGGGACGAGUUUGGAGAAGAUGACGACGGGCUGGAUCCUGACGACAAACAAUCUUCCUCGGACUCAUUGAGCGCGUGGAGGGAGUUCUUCGAUGAGAUGGGAGGCUCCGGUGAAGAAGAAGACGAAGAUAUGAACGAGGGCGAUAAUGCCGAUGAUGGUGAAUCAGAGGGGUAA